AUGAUUGAAUUUGUGUUCGAGGAUGAUGAUGGGAUGGUUGAGGAGCAAGACUUGGAAAGUUAUGAUGUAGUUCAACCUUUUGCAUGGGACAAAAAUACAACCCAAUUAUUAGUUGAGCAGUACAUGAGUUUGAAGGAUGCAUUUAGAGAUCCAAAAGUUAAAAAAAAAAAGCUGUGGACUAAAAUUAAAAACGAAUUUUUGUCUAAACGCCAUCACGUAACGGAGGACAUAUUGGAUCGUAAAUGGAGGAAUUUGAAGAAGACUUAUACAGGAAUAAAAGAUAAUAUUCGAAAAACAGGAAGGGGGAGAAUUUACUGGGAAUAUUAUCACCAGUUCAACGAAAUAUACAGGGAAGACAAAACUGUCAAUCUUCCAACAACUAUUUCGACUUCAACACCAUUGUCAGUAAUUCAGAAGUUGCCAAUAAAAUUGCAGCCCCUGAAUGAAGUUGGUCCUCGGGACCUACCCCAACCCAGUGUUCCAGCCACUCCUCAAAAGGAAUCCAGUUUACUUACUCCGUGA